AGGUGCCACCCCAGAAAGAGGGCAAGUACAUUGUUUUUGAGGGGCAGCUCCUGGAGCUCUUCCGGGUGUGCCACACGUGUCUUGCUCCUUGCCGCAACACCACUGUAGUGAAAGGCAGUCUGCUGACAGUGACAAGCACCUGUGAGAACAAGCACACGAGAAAGUGGAGGAGUCAACCGAUGCUGGGGGGCAAAGGAGCAGGAAAUGUUCUUUUUUGUGCCGGCAUUCUCUUUUCAGGUGCCCAGGUCGCGACUACCUUCAGGGUGCUCGAGUCACUUAACAUUGCGAUGAUCACGGAGCGCAUGUACUACUACUACCAGAGUGGUUACCUGCUGCCUGUGGUGAAGCAGGUGUACGAACGACGCAACAGCGAGCUCUUGGAAGAACUACGAGGCAAGAACCUUGAUCUGGCUGGCGAUGGCCGCUGCGACUCUCCGGGGUUCAGCGCCAAGUACUGCACAUACACCUUCCAUGAGGCGAGCACCAAGAAGCUGAUCCACAUUGAGCAAGUGCAAGUUCGUGAGACAGCUGAAGUGCCCUCGAGCAACGCCAUGGAGAAGGUGGCCUUCCUCCGCGGCCUUGCCAAGCUCAAGGAUCAAGGCUUCACCAUUGCCUCUUUCAUGUCAGACCGCCACCCAGGUGUGCAGUGCCACAUGAGAACCAUGGAGAGUGGCACAAAGCACUACUUCGACACGUGGCACAUCUCCAAAGGCGUGAAGAAGAAGCUCCUCGCAGCAAGCCGGAGUGGCCCUUGCAAGGAUCUGGAGGUGUGGGUGCAGCCGGUAAACAACCACCUGUACCACUGUGCUGCACUGGGGGAAGGAAAUGGCCCACUCAUGGUAAGCAUGUGGAUGAGCCUCCUCAACCACGUGGUCAACAAGCAUGACGGCCACGACGGACCCUACCACGAGUGCCUGCACCAGCCGCUCUCCGAUCGCGCUUGGCUAGCUGUCGGUGAGUUAACUAUUUUGUUCAUUGUUCACCAUAGCCGUGCUGCGAUUCUGAUGUGGUGGGGUGAGGGGAGGGAGAAUGGACAUGCCUUGAUGAUGUCACAUAGCUGUAUAUGUACACUGCAGAACACAGUAAGCACAAACAUGGCAUCCGCGCUUUUCCAUGUUUUCCUCAAACAGGGUAUUGAAAAGCGGUCAGUUUUGCUGCCUAACUUAGAGCCCCUAAUGAGCAGCUUUCGCUGCACUAUUAGUUCCUAUGAGAACCUUUCAGGUCUGAGAAAAGCCGGCAACAACUUGUUCGGGUUAACACUGUCACGCUCUCUACAUUUUUCAGGUACACCAGCUUACGAAAAGCUCAGGAGUAUCGUUGCAAGCCCGCGGCUUCUCAAGGAUAUCCAGCACCUGUCCCCCGGAACUCAGACGUACUACGUGGAAGCCUUCAACAGCCUGCUGCUAGGGUUCGCCUCCAAAUCUCGGGUUUUUUCACCAGAAGGGAUGGAAGCAAGGACCUUGGUGGCUGUGCUUCAUUUCAACGAAAAUGUCGGGCGUGAGCAAGCCACAACCAGGGAAGGGGAGCUUUGCUUCAAGAUCGCAACACCCAGAUCACGGAAGGGCCACUCAACGGCACGCCCGAAGCCAGCCGACGCAACUUUUCAGUACCGUGACGAGCUCCUGGACGAGUUAAUGGUCUGCCUGGGGAAAUGGCCCACCUUGAAGGAGGCCGUCGCUGCGAAUCCGCCGGACCAUCCGCCGCCCAUGUGUGCCAGCUAUCCAAGGCCCCCCAAGAGCGAGCUGAUUGUGGCAAGACGAACCCGGUUUGCCUCUCAUGCCGGAUCAUCUCAGAAGCUCAUCUGAACCACCUACGGCACUCUCUUCACUGCAACCAGUUACUUGUUUAUGGCAUAAGGUAUGCUACGGAUGGAGCAGAUUUUCUUUUUCCUGCAAGGUGCAUGAGUGUAUUGUCUGUCUGUGUAACAUGUUUUCACUGAAGUAGAGGAAGCGACCCAACUUUGCAAGGCAAGGUUUGUAGCAUGCCUUUUUUUGGUGUCACUGUCAGUCGUAUUUAUUCAAAUAAAUUGUUACUUUGUUGCUUUCUUUACAGCAGAGGUAAGUUCUUGUUUGCUGCCUGUGUGUGUCUUUUUUUAUGUCGCAGGCAGACCCCAGGUUCACAAGAGGGCUCUCCUCCCCGCUGCCAGCCGUUAGUCACUGGCCAUGAGGUAGGGAAGAUAACGAAGCAUAUUUUUUAUCCCUGCAAGCUGCAGGUGCACGCUCGGAACCUGAACGUUCCCUUGGAGCUCAAGGGCGGCCAGUCUCUUCAGCAUGCAUUGUUGCCUCGCUUUCUGUCUAGUCACAUUUAUUCGAAUAAUUUGUUGCAUUGUUGCUUUCUUUACAGCAGAGGUAAGUUCUUGUUUGCUGCCUGUGUGUGCCUUUUUUUAUGUCGCAGGCAGACCCCAGGUUCACAAGUGGGCUCUCCUCCCCGCUGCCAGCCGUUAGUCACUGGCCAUGAGGUAGGGAAGAUAACGAAGCAUAUUUUUUAUCCCUGCAAGCUGCAGGUGCACGCUCGGAACCUGAACGUUCCCUUGGAGCUCAAGGGCGGCCAGUCUCUUCAGCAUGCAUUGUUGCCUCGCUUUCUGUCUAGUCACAUUUAUUCGAAUAAUUUGUUGCAUUGUUGCUUUCUUUACAGCAGAGGUAAGUUCUUGUUUGCUGCCUGUGUGUGCCUUUUUUUUAUGUCGCAGGCAGACCCCAAGUUCACAAGAGGGCUCUCCUCCCCGCUGCCAGCCGUUAGUCACUGGCCAUGAGGUAGGGAAGAUAACGAAGCAUAUUUUUUAUCCCUGCAAGCUGCAGGUGCACGCUCGGAACCUGAACGUUCCCUUGGAGCUCAAGGGCGGCCAGUCUCUUCAGCAUGCAUUGUUGCCUCGCUUUCUGUCUAGUCACAUUUAUUCGAAUAAUUUGUUGCAUUGUUGCUUUCUUUACAGCAGAGGUAAGUUCUUGUUUGCUGCCUG